AUGCCGGGCAUCGACUACUCGAAGUUCGACAAGAUCGAGGAUUCGGACGACGAGCCGCCAAAGAGACCUCCGCCGCAGCCGGUGCCCGAGGUGGCUCCUGAGGUGCCGGCGCAGCUCCCGGAAGAGCACUGUCGACCUCUCACCGACGUGCCGAAGCUAGAGCUGCCAGAUGGGGAUUGGCUGGCUUUCUAUCAGACAAAGAUGACCGCACCUCAGAGAAUGCAGACGUUGGUCCAUCUCUGGAACUCUGCAAACCAAGAGGAACGAGUGGAGUUUUUGCGGCACCUGAUCGACCUGAUCAACAACCCCACGAUCUCAAACAGGAUAAAAGGCGGCCAGGAGGUUCUCAAGGACUUGGACGCCAACUUCUACCGUGGCGUGACAUUCCCCGAGGAGUGGGUGGGUGCAUUUCAGACCUUCGCCAUCGAUGACAAAAAGACGGCCUUCGAGAAACUCUUCAAGUCCUUAGACCAGCAGGAGCGCGGCCUGGUACUGGGCACCCUGAUGUAG